GCUACACCUGCAAUGUGGUCAGCCACUACUCUGCAUGCUUGCCUGAUGCUGUGGGGGUUAUGGGACUCUGCCCCCUAUCCUGCCAAUUCCUUCCUGCCCUUAGACCUGAACCUGACAGCCCAUAUUUUCCAGGAUUUUAUGACACAGUUCAACAAAACCUACAGGACCCAAGAAGAGAGAGAUUAUCGCUUCACAGUCUUCGUGCAAAACCUGAAAGCCAGCUGUGUGUUACAAGCCUCAGAGUUGGGGACGGCCCAGUAUGGGGUCACUUUGUUCAGUGACCUGACAGAAAGUGAGUUUGAGAAGAUGUUUGGGAUCCAGCACCCUUCUCACCCCCCCACAUUGAAGCAGUCGGUGAAACUCCUCAAGGGUGCAAAAUCUGUGUCCUGUGACUGGAGAAAAUUUGGAGCCAUCACAGCAGUAAAACAUCAGGGUAACUGUAAGUCAUGCUGGGCUUUUGCUGCUGUAUCCAACAUUGAGGCCUUGUGGAACAUCCACUUUGGUUUGCCACGAAACCUCUCCGUGCAGGAGGUUGUAGAUUGCAUGAGAUGUGCACAUGGCUGUGAGGGGGGCUAUCCAUGGGACGCCUUCCAGACUGUUCUCAAUCGCAGUGGACUGACAAAUGAUAAACAAUAUCCCUACAUGGGCAAACAGCAGUCGUGCAGAAAGAACCAAGGAAAAGCAGUUGCCUGGAUCCAAGACUAUGAAUUCCUUCCCAAGGAUGAGAAAUACAUAGCCCAUGUUGUUGCUUCCCGUGGUCCUGUAACUGCUCUCCUCAAUGUAAAAGCGUUUCAGCACUACCGAAAGGGGAUUAUCCGGAGACCUUCUCAGGCAUGCAGCCCUGAAAACGUGGAUCAUGUUGUGCUCAUUGUGGGUUAUGGUGAAGUCAAAUCAAGGCGGGGCUCCUGGUCCGGACCGUACUGGAUCAUCCAGAACUCAUGGGGAAAGAACUGGGGAGAAGAGGGAUAUUUUCGACUGCACCGGGGAACCAACACUUGUGGCAUUGCCAAAUAUCCAGUGACUGCAAUUGUAAGGAAUGCUGAGACUCGCUUGCCUGCCUUGUGCCCUCCGUGAUGGCAGAACUGAAUAUGAAAAGGGUGACUGAAGGAACCCCUCCAGCUCCACAGACUAGAGAUACAGCAUACAUGUUACUGAAAACAAAUGCCCCAUGCUCUCAUUUUCUUGCCUCACCGUAUGCAAUAUCACAAAUCUGUUUAUGAUAAAAUUAGUACUGAGAUGUCA